CAUGGUCCUCACCAGUGUGGGGAAGAUGAUUGGCCUCCAGAAGAAGACUUCUGGAAUCCGGAACAUCUGUAUUUUAGCCCACGUAGAUCACGGCAAAACUACACUAGCUGAUUGUCUGAUAUCAAGCAAUGGAAUAAUCUCUAGCCGCUUGGCAGGAAAGCUGAGAUAUCUAGACAGUAGAGAAGAUGAACAGAUCCGCGGAAUAACAAUGAAAUCUAGUGCAAUUUCAUUGCACUUUGUGAAAGGUGAUCAGGAGUAUCUGAUUAAUUUAAUAGACUCCCCAGGGCACGUGGAUUUUUCUUCAGAAGUAUCUACUGCUGUCCGACUCUGUGAUGGUUGCAUCAUAGUGGUGGAUGCUGUUGAAGGAGUCUGUCCACAGACUCAAGCAGUUCUACGGCAAGCAUGGCUCGAAAAUAUACGUCCAGUGUUGGUGAUUAAUAAAAUUGAUCGCUUGAUUGUGGAGCUCAAGCUCACUCCUCAGGAAGCAUACUUGCACCUUAAAAAUAUCUUAGAACAGAUCAAUGCAGUCACUGGAGCACUCUUUACCUCUAAAGUCUUAGAAGAAAGAGCUGAGAAAGAAACAGAGAGUGAAAGUAUUUCAGAUGUUGCACCAGGAGAUCAGAUUUAUGACUGGAGCACUGGAUUGGAAGAUACUGAUGAUUCACAUCUUUAUUUUUCACCAGACCACGGAAAUGUAGUGUUUGCCAGUGCAAUUGAUGGCUGGGGUUUUGGCAUUGAGCAUUUUGCCAAACUGUACAGCCAAAAGAUUGGAAUCAAACCUGCAGUACUUCUGAAGACUUUGUGGGGAGAUUAUUAUCUAAAUACAAAAGCAAAGAAGAUAAUGAAAGGUGAUCAGUCAAAAGGAAAGAAACCUUUGUUUGUGCAGUUGGUGCUGGACAACAUAUGGAGUCUAUAUGAAGCAGUUAUGAAAAGAGACAAAGAAAAAAUUGAAAAGAUAGUCACCUCUUUGGGAUUGAAAAUUGGUGCACGGGAGGCACGGCAUGGAGAUCCAAAAGUUCAUCUUAAUGCCAUUUGUAGCCAAUGGCUGCCAAUAUCUGAUGCAGUCCUCUCCAUGGUGUGUAAUAAACUUCCAAGUCCUCUUGACAUCACUGCAGAGAGAGUGGAAAAGCUGAUGUGUGUUGGAGCUAGAACAUUUGAUUCUUUGCCACCAGAAACUCAGGAACUGAAAAGUGCUUUUAUGAAAUGCAGUAAUGAAGGAACAGCCCCAGUUAUUGUCUUUGUUUCUAAAAUGUUUGCUGUUGAUGCGAAGGCAUUACCACACAAUAAACCAAG